AAAAAAUUGUUUUUGAUAAGUUGGGUGGUUUGUUUUGGAAAGAAAUGGUCAAAUUAAAUUGAUAAAUGUUUUUUCUCUCUCGCAAAGCCCAUUCCGCGGUGUAAUUAUAAUUCUUGUUUCAAAAAAAAAUUUAAAAUUGUACGUUAAUGUACAAUUGCCAAUAAAAUUAAAUAUUAAAGACAAAGCCCCGCUAAAAAUAUGCCGGCUAAAAACACAAAGAAGUAAAUUUUCCUUUCCUCACUUGAAUCAUGCAGCGCUCUAGACGCUUUCGUCCAUGGAGUAGUUGGUGUCGUCUGUGUGCCAAUGAAGAAACUGAAAGAUGCGUUAACAUUCUAGCCAACCAUUGUACAGUGGUUGCAACCAACCAAGAAACGAAGAUAACAUUAAAAGAAGCUUUGGAAAAAUACUUUUGGGUUCAGACAUCGGUGGACGAUGUUAUGCCACAUGUUUUGUGCCAAUACUGUUAUGGGCUAGUCUCUACCAUAAUACAUUUCAAUGAACGCGUGGAAAGGGUGCAACAAAUGUAUAACUUUCUAUCGGAUGCUCAAGAUGUGCUAGACUUAAAAGGCAUAAAACUAAAGUUCGAUGUUACUGAUAACGAUAAAAGUCUUUGGUUCCCACAGAAUGUCGAAAAUUAUGCUUGCGAUGGCAAUCAAACCGAGUACCUCAAUGAGGAAAGAAAUUCCUUCAGCCCCCCAGAAAGCGCUCAUCUUUCGGACGGCCCCAAAAGCCAUGAAUCCUUGGGAGAAAUGACGUACGAUGAAGCAUCGUUUGUUAGUAAUAAUCAAGAAGUAGAAAAAAGUGAUCCUUUUGAUACUGUCCCCUGCGCUUAUCAGCAGCAUAGCGAUUCUGGUGAUAGUUUUAAACAUACUAAAGAAAAACCACCCCAGUUAGGCAAAUCGAAUAGUACCGACGAAUCGCUCUUGGUUGCACUUGAUGCCAAGGAUGUGCAAAAUGAAUCGCAACGGAAGCGAAAAAAAUUAAGGAAUAAAAAAUGUUCUAAGAAAAAGGUUAUCGAUUUGGAUUUUCCUUUGAAUGGAGUAUGCAAAGAGUGUGGCGAACGACUUCCAUUAUAUUCUACAUGCUGCCAGCAUAUGAAGCUAAAACAUGACACUAACAAUGAGAACAAACAAUGGAAGUGUCCUUCAUGUGAUCGCGUUCUCCAAAGUUGGUACAACUUCGAAAGACACAUGCGCAUUCAUAUGCCUGUGGAGGAACGCAAAACCAAAAAGUGCACAGAAUGCGAGUCUCGUUUCACAUCAAAGGCUCAGUUGGAGGCACAUGUCAAUUUUAAACACAAAAACGAUAAAAACUUUAUCUGUGAGGAAUGUGGCCUAAGUCUAAGAACCAAUUCCAAUUUGAGACAACAUUUACUGACACAUACCGACCUCAAGCCCUUCGAAUGUGAAGUAUGUAAAAAGAAAUUUAAAAAUAACUCACGACUAAGGAUACACAUGGACACCCAUAGCCCCAACAAACAUAUUUGUCCCAAAUGUGGUCUACAGCUUAACUCAAGAGCCACACUAAAUCGGCACUUUCUUGUUCACUCUGAUGACAUGAAACAUAACUGUGAUUAUUGUGGGAGGGCUUUCAAACGAGCCAAAGCACUAAAGAAUCAUUUACUGCUACAUACAGGUCUAAAACCAUAUUCUUGUGAAUUUUGCGAGAGAACCUUUGCAAAUGGUUCAAAUUGUCGCAGUCAUAUGAAAAAAUUGCAUCCUGAGGAGUUGGCAGUAUUAGAAGCUUCAGGAAAUAAAAUGAAUGCCAAAAAUAUACCGAAAUUGGAGACUCUUAAAGCGGUUACAAAAGCAGCAGACAAUUUAACACCGGUGGUAACAAAAUACAGUGGGUGUUUUGCCUUCGGUAGGAAACCCAAGCCAUAUGUAGAUUCUGAAAAAUCAAAAGCAUCGAAAUCAUCACACAAAAUGAAGAAAACAAAAACAAUACAAGCGGAGGAUAAACCAUUGAAAUCAUCUGAUUGCCAAUUCUUGCCGCUGGUCGGCGAAAACAAGUUCUUAGCCUAUACUGCAGUUGACGCACCCCCCAAUCGAGAUCGAACAGAACAAACCACAUCCAUACCAAAUUUUGAUAACAUUUAUCAGCAUCUUAUCAUGAAGCAAAAUAUGCCUAGCGAAGAGGUGAAUAUAAAAGAAACUCCUUCAGAAGUGCCGCACACAUCAACGUCAACAAACAUCACUUUAAUAUCUCCACAGCAUCAAUCAUUUUAUUCCGAAUUGCCUGAACCUAAUAUAAUGCAAAAUGAUAUAAAAAUUGAGCACCCGUCCGAUGGUUUAGUAUGUAGUGGCGAAAAUCAUACAGAUAUAUUACCACAGUAACAACAUACAUAUGUAAGAAUAUGUGGCAUUGAUUUUAUGAAAAAUUUUCUGCAACUAGGAACUUUUUCUAAAAAUUAGUUGUUCUAAUGUAUAUUUUAAUUUAAACGUCUGAAUA